GCAGUAGUCGUCAGUUUAUUAAUUUAUUAGUCCAUUCUAUAAGAUAAAAAGGUUUAAUUGAAUUUCUGUAUUUUCACUUGAGUUUAUGAAUGUGAAAUUGUGUUUAAUGUAGCUGAAUAAGAACAAAAACAGCGCAGUAAUACCAAAAAGAAGUAGGAAAGAUGAACCGACGGCGCACGCUGCGGCAAAAGCCGCGAAUAAGUUACUAUGAGCCCGAGGAGCCGAGUCUGGACGAGUAUAUAUUUUGCGAUGAGUGCGCCGACUUCGUAUACGAGUAUUGCGCUAUUCACGGCCCAUUGCUCGUAGUCCCUGAUGACAAGGCGCUGGUCUCGGAGUAUUCAGUACUCUGACGCUCCCUCGCGGAGUGCGCUUUGGUCCGUAUUGUGGAGUGCGCACUCAACUGGUAGACUCCAUGUAUUGUUGGCAGAUAUACGAUCGUAACCACAAACGUUCCCAUGUGGUGGACGCGGCAGACGCGAACCGUUCUAACUGGAUGCGUUACGUCAACUGCGCACGGAACUGGAAGGAGCAGAACUUACUUGCUUACCAGUACCAAGGACAACUUUACUAUCGGACAAUAAAAAUAAUUCCUCGUUUCACGGAACUUAUGGUGUUCUACGGGAGCGAAUUUGCGAACACGUUGCAUAUCAAUCUCAGAAAUUACAACUCGCCGCCCGGAUAUGCUCAAAAAUUUGGCGCACCUGCUGCAAAAAAACCGAAGUUGGACAUCCAAAAAGAGAAAAUCCAAGAAGUAACACCAGACAAGAGCAAGCGCAACUUACAAGCAAAGGACCAAGAAGAAGUAAAUUUAAGAAAACCAAUAAAAAAUCCUAUAAAUAAAAAAGCUCUUCGAACAAUUACUGUACGGAAAGACCUAACUAAUGAAACCAACAAUAAUAUCAUUAAUAAAAAUAAAGAAUUACAAAACGAAAAUAAUUCUGAACCUUUACAAUGUACAAUUAACACAAAUAAUGAUGACUUUAAGUGUAAAAAUUGUAAUUAUAAAGGUAUCAAUAGUCAUGAUAUAAAAAGACAUAGCAUAAAACAUAAUAAUAUUAAAGAAAGACUUUAUAAAUGUGAUAUUUGUGAUAGUUGUUUUAGUCAAAAAAGUAAUUUGAAAAAUCAUAUUCGUACACACACUGGUGAGAAACCAUAUAAAUGUGAUAUUUGUGAAAAUAGUUUUAGUCUUAAACAUCAUUUCAAAUAUCAUAUUCGUACACACACUGGUGAGAAACCAUAUAAAUGUGAUGUUUGUGAAAGUAGGUUUAGACAUAGUAAUACUUUAAAAUAUCAUAUAAUGCGUAUACAGGCUGGUAAAUUAAAAAAGAAAUUCCUUUGAAAUUGAUAUGUAAUAUUAUUAUUUUUCUAAUUAUACACCUUGUAUGGCCGUUUUCACCGAAGACCUCUAAACCAUCUCUUAGCUAAAAAUGACUUCGCGUAAAAUAGCAACUAAAUUAACCCCUUACUUGUAAAUGUUAGGUGUCACUUACCAAUAGGGUAGUGAAAACAAAAAUGACGGUCACCUAUCGUAGCUUAAGGAAUCCUUAUAAAUUAAGAGAGAUGAUGGAAACGGUCCUUACUCUAGUAAAUUAAUUGAGGCAAAAAAUGCGAGCUGUAAUUUUACUGCUUUGUAAUUUUGGUGCCCGGGUUAGGUAAUUAUUUUUCAUUAGUAACAUCACGGUUUUUAAUUCUUCAGGAGAAACAAACAAACACACUUUUCAUUAAUAUAUAUUUAUGAUUAAGACGC